AUGGAAAACGACCAGGGUAUUCUCGUCGACCUCUACGUCCCCCGCAAGUGUGCGGCCACCAACCGCCUGAUUACCUCCAAGGACCAUGCUUCGGUCCAGAUCAACGUCGCUGACGUUGAUGCUAACGGUCGUGCUCUGAACACUUACACCUCCUUUGCGCUUUGUGGACAAGUGCGAUCACAAGGGGAGAGCGAUGACUCUGUUAACCGGCUAGCAACGAAGGCGGGCUUGCUCCGGAAUGUGUGGUCGUACCAAAAGUAA